CCUUAUGAUCCUCUUCUUCUAUGGAUUCUGCAAUUAUAAUGUUUCUCAAAGCGCCUGUAUACAAGAACUUAAUCCAGUUGAUCUUGGAAUGCAAAGAACUGCAUCAGCUUCAGAUAAUUAUUCAACUUAUACUUUUUAUAAAACUUUAAAGAAAAUCUUCCAUUAUUAGUAAUAUAGUCAUUUUGAGUGAUUUUGGUAAUGUUGUCAACAAGCCCUAUUUGGAUCGAUUUAAUUAGCAGUUGUAGCUAGUAUUUCCAAUACUCCUCUUUAUUAAUAGGGUGAAAAUAUUGUAUAUCACUAAUGAGGUCUUUAUUUUUAAGAAAUCUCUCAUUAAAACUUGAAUAUUUGGUCAAUUAUAAACCAAAUUCCUUCAUUUCUAUAAAUAUCCAUUAAAUUAUUAGGUCUUUCAUCUAUCUCUACAUCUACAUUUAUUAUAAUAUAUAUUCUUUUCAUAGGACUAAUUAUAUGACAUGUAAUUCUCAUACCAUGACAAUAUUUUCAGUCAAUCUGGAAUCAACCAUCUUCCAAUAAUAAAAAUAUCAAUAUUAAUUGGCUCAAUUAAAAAAAUUUUAAAAAUAGAUGUUUUAAAGAUUUAAAUUUUAAUAAAUUAUCAAUAAAUUAUUGAGUCUCAGAAGUAGUUUUAGCUUCAAAUGAUUCUGUCUAGGAUAUAUAUAUAAUUUUUCCAGAGUAUUACAGAAAUCAUAUCAGAUAAAUUAAUGAUAUAUCGAUAACAAAUUAUUAUAAUAAUUUAAUACAUGUCUAAAUUAUAUUUGUCAUAAAGUUGAAAAAAUGGGUUGUCAAAGCAUUGCUUGCCAUACAGACGUGACUAAAUUAGAUCAGAUGGAACUAGCUGUUGAAAAAACCUUGAAAAAAUUUGGAACUAUUGAUGUAUUGAUCAAUAAUGCCGGUUUUAUAAAGUUUCAAAAAGCUAUUGAUUUCUCCAUCGAUGAUUUAAACAAAAUGCACAGCAUAAACACUAGGGCAGUUGCUAUUAUGAGUAAAUUUUGCAUACCAUAUCUUAGAAAGAGUGAAAAUGGAGGUCAUAUCGUUAAUAUUAGUCCACCUAUAAAUUUGGACCCUUCCAAUUUUCCUAAUAAAAUAGCAUAUACUACCACUAAAUAUAUGACAUCGAUGUUGGUACUAGGUUUAUCCGAAGAAUUGCGAAAAUACAACAUAUCCGUUAAUGCUUUGUGGCCAAAAUAUGCCAUUUUCACUGAAUCAAUGUUGCAAAUAGCAGGCCUCAAAAGUAAAUUAUUAUGUCGAAAACCUGAAAUUAUGGCUGAUGCUUGUUAUUCCAUAAUAUCACACAAGACCGAUCCCUUGUUUACCGGAAAUUUUUGCGUAGAUGAAGACAUACUACGUACAUUUAAAGGCCUGACUACCUUCGACGAAUAUGCCUAUGAUAAAAAUAAUUCUUCAAAUGGAAAAUUGAUCAAAGUACCAUACAAUCAAUGAUUUUACCUAACAGUUUGCAUGGAAAUCUACUUUUGUAGCUGUUAGAAUUCCUCAAUCCUAUGUGCCUCACGAGAUUAGUGGAGAAAUCCCUUCAACUUCUUCACUAAACAGUGAAAAUAUAUAUGAAUAUUCAUGCCACAAUAAAAAUGAUUACUACAUAACUCAGAAUAAUAAAGAUACAAAUAUCAAUAGGAAGGAUAUACCAAAAUAUUCAAUACCGCUGUUUUUAAAAUUCUAUGAUGAUUCUUCUGAAAAAGUGUAUGUUGAUUCAGAUGAAACAGUAUCUCAUUUUCAAAACCAUUAUUUCUCGCAUCAACUUAAUCAAUGUUAUACCGUAAAACUCAUUUUCCAUGGCCAAAUCUUGAACCCCUCUAUUCGUUUUGCUGAAAUUAAUAAACUCGAUUCCGAAUCCGUUCUUCAGUGCCAUUUGUUGCCAAAAGAAGCAAGUAACGAUCUAUUAUCUAACGAAGAAAUAUCGGACAUAGAAAAUGGAGCGGAUGAAACCGUCAAGGAUAUCGUGUUGCCUUAUUUAUCAUCUCAAAAAUCAUCAUUUUUCCAUGGCUACCAUCACCCAAUAUUUUCUUCCUUGGCGCAAAGACACAAGAAUCUUGUAGCCCUUAUUUACGAUACGGGCAAGAAAAAUGUUUGGUUUAUAAUAGUUCUGUGGGUGCUCAUUUUGGCCUGGUUCCUUAACUUUCUCUACCUUAGAUACGUUAGUUCUAUUUUUACCCUUUCACUUGUUUCGGUCACAGUUAUAACCCUGUUUUUACUUAUCAUAACGGUUUUGGAACCUUCGACUUGAAAAAACAAAAGGCAUUAUACGUAUUACAUAAAUUAAAUAUAAAUAUUUUACUUAAAGGCUCAAUUAUUACCAUAAAAUAAUACAUUAAUCUUUGUCACUAGGUUAUUAUUAUUAUUCGACAUUUAUUAAAUAGUUUUUUAAUAAUUUAAUAUUAUAAAAAAUUUGUCGUCCUAGAAAUCUUCCAUAAUAUAUUAAUAAUAUUACUAAAUUAAUUUAUUUUUAAUAUAUAAAUAUAUAGUACAUUAAUAAUUUGAUUAUUUUCACGGAUAUUCAUCAAUUA